UUGUAUUAGACGGGAAACAUCAUUUUACCAAAUUAUUAUUUCGCCGCGAGCACUUGCGCCUAUUGCAUGCCGGACCUCAGGCAUUACUUUAUUCGGUCAGAGAAACAGUCUGGCCACUGGGGGGAAGAUGCCUGGCAAGACGCACGGUCCGCGAAUGCGUACUAUGCAGGCGACAUCAAGGUCGAACUUUGAACCCCAUGAUGGGAAAUUUACCAUCACAGUGAUGCCUGCCUUUCCAUUUCAUACUGUCGGUAUCGACUUCGCGGAUCCGUUUCAGAUGCUGACUAGAAAGGGUCGAGGUGCAAAAACGAUUAAAUGCUAUUUGUGUUUGUUUAUUUGCUUCCGUUACAAAUGCGUCCACUUAGAAGCCGUAACUGACCUUUCCAAGGAUGCACUAAUUUUAACCAUGCGACGCAUGAUAUCCAGACGCGGGAAACCAGCUCAGAUUUUCAGUGACAAUGGUCGAAACCUGGUUGCCGCAGCUAGGGAAAUUACAGAAUUUUUGAAAACAAAUCCCGUCAUAUCGGACUUCGCAGCUGACAAUCAAAUUAAAUUUUCUUUUUUACCGGCGUACGCCCCUCACUUCGCAGGCUUAUGGGAAGCAGGUAUAAAAUCUGCCAAGCACCAUAUAAAGAGAUACAUAGGAAAUAACAAAUUAACAUUUGAAGAACUGAGUACACUCUUUGCGCAAGUGGAGGCUAUCUUAAAUAGUCGUCCCUUGUAUCCCAUGUCUUCCUCUCCUAACGAUAUGCUCCCUCUAUCCCCAGGGCACUUCUUGAUCGGCCGGCCGCUGACAAGUUUGCCGUCGCCGCAGAUCGAAGACAGCACCAGCACCAGCAGUCUUGACCGCUACGCGAGAAUCGAGAGCAUAAGGCAGCAGUUUUGGCGUCGGUGGCAAAAGGAAUAUAUCAGCGAGCUCCAGCAGCGCACCAAAUGGCGCACUAAUAAGGACAAACUACACGUCGGAGACCUCGUCAUUCUACAAGACGACAACCUCGCUCCACUUCACUGGCGUAUGGGCAGAGUGGUAGGAUUAUUUCCUGGUCCUGAUGGCAUUUCAAGAGUGGCGGAAAUAAAAACCACUAGAGGAAUCGUCAGAAGAGCUUUGACUCGGAUUUGCCCUCUUCUUUCGGAAACUUCAUCUUAAACACCCUCGGUGUUUCAGAAGGGGGAAUCAUGUCGGAGCGCUUUACAACCAUAGUGUAACGUUAAGUAAGCAUAUAAUUAAUGUCAAUGUCAGUGAACUUUGCGUCAUCUGUCAAUGUAACUUGUCACACAAAAAUAUGCAAUA